CGAGGCCGCGCACAGCUGGGGAUGACGCAGCUCUGCCCAACAAAUGAUUGACCAGCUUGAAAUAUGGGCUGGCCGGUGUGUUUGCAUUCGAGAUGAUCUGUAGCUCAGAGGGACGACGCGUAACUGGCAGGACUGACGUAGUAGCGAGAUAUAGGUUCUGGGCCCUCUGUCGCAUCUAGCGCCAAGCAGUGGCUGGCGUGAACUCCACAGCGGCGUCCCCACGCAAUCCUCGGUGUCCUUUAUGGGGCGCGUCGCUCCAGGGCGGAAAUACUUCAACCUUCACUUUUAUUCCCGCCAACGUCGUGUCCACCGCACCCGCUUGGAUCCUGUCGCAUUGCUGUUGCUUGUCAAGCACUCGGACCAAGCUCACGCGCGCCCCGAUCGCCCGCCCGCAGCUGCACGAUGGAUGACGAAGGCACACAGCCCUCGACAAGUCCUGAUCCAUCCACCACCAGCGCGUCGGCCCUUCAAGGCGAUGCGCCACCAAGGAAGAAGCAAAAGCGCAAUAAACCUACCCUGAGCUGCGAGGAGUGUGUCGAGCGCAAGACCAAGUGCGAUCGCACUCGUCCCCAUUGCUUGGCCUGCAUCAAGCGACAGUCGACAUGUAAAUACUCUGAAAUCGCCAACCUGAUCGCCUCUUCGGCGGACAAGGUUGGCGCCGGUCGCAAUGCGGGUCGGUCCAGGAAAACGAGCGCGAGGCCUUCGUUGCAGCUUGGCAGUGACCCGCAGCCACAUGGCAAGCCGCCUAUUCAGGUUCAUAUCCAGGUGCCACCAACACCAAUCAGAACACAAUAUCGAAGCGUGUCAUUGUCGUCUUCGGGAUCCUCACCAUUCCUGCUAUCCAACAUACCGUAUUCCAAUCAUACGCCUGCACCCUUUUUUGGCCUAGGGACUGAACAUCCUUUUGCCAACUACUGGACGAGUCGUGGCGGCCUUGCCGAGGUUGUCGGCGUACUGCCAGCCAAAGAGCAAGCAGAUAUCCUCGUUGACAAAUACUUUGAUGCUGUUGACCCAGUAUACCCUAUGGUUCACCGUAGGAACUUCUAUGCUGACUAUGAACGUUUCUGGUCAUUGUCACAAGAAGAGAAGCAUACUGCGGACCCCGUGUUAGUAGCUCUACACUUUGUUGUGUAUGCCAUGGGUACGCAAUUCAUUCAUACUACCGACGGUGGCGACAGGGCGCAGAUUGCCGAGUUCUACGUAUCAGCUGCCCAGCAAGCUUUACGGAUAUCCUCAUAUCUUAGUCGAGCUUCAGUGAGAACACUGCAGGCCAUGGUUCUGAUAGGAUACUUCCUAAUGAACGACAACCAUGCCUCUGAUGCAUGGGCGUUUGGAGGUGUUCUCGUACGGCAAGCAUACGCCAUGGGAUUACAUCGCGAUCCAGAUGUCAUUGCACCCCGAUGUUCAAAGAGUGACAAGCAGCAACGGCGAAAGUUAUGGCAAGCUAUUUAUUUCCAGGACACUUUCCUUACUGUUCUGCUCAAGCUUCCGCCAACCAGUGUGUUUUCAGACAUACAGCCAGAGUCCCUCAGCGAUGAUCUCGAUGACUAUAUACCGAAUGGUGCUUCGAACAACGGCGCCACAGACCCUGUAAUCAACCCCAUGAGCAUCAGCAACAUCGCUUCGAACCAUGAUCUCUAUCCUCCGUAUGAACUCUCGGAUCGGAGAUACAUCCGCUCCAUGUGGCAUAUGGCUAACCUUGUGUCUCGUACUGUCUGCAUACCGCGGUCACUGGCAACGCCCUUGACUACAUCAAUCAAGCAUAAACUUGAGCUUGUCAACGAAUACUUUGCUCUCCACAAAACUUUUCCUGCAGAUCUUACAGCAUCCGACGACGUCACUAUAAGACAUAUGGCAGAAACAAAUCCGCGCGGUCUACGACAGAACUUGUUCUUUCGAAGCAACUUCUGGCACUGCGUCAUGGCGAUACAGGCCGAUGAAAACCCUGCUGAGGGUGUGCCAUGCGACGUUAAAGGUGCGCUGGACGCAGCCAGGAUGGCGUUGCAGUCUUUCUUCCACUUUUGGGAAUACCUCAGGAUCGACGCUAGUGUGUGGUGGGUGUUCCAGCACCGAGCCUUUGAAGAAGCACUUCUCAUGGCACGCAUCCUCGGUCAGCAAGCACAACCGCUGUCACCCACCCACAACGGCCUACCUCCUUCCGCGGACCCAUUACUGAAGGACGCGAAAGACGAUGCGCGAAGAUGUCUUGAUAUCCUGGAUCUUGUAGGCAUCGCACCGGAGAUGCAGAAGACCAGGACCGAGGUUCUCAGGACUGCGUUUUCGGACAUACUAUGGUAGUUAUAUGUAUAUAGGAUCUGAACAGCUGUGGCAACAGCGUCAACCCAUCUGGUUAAGUAAUGUAAUUUGAUACAUC